AUGUUUUUCUGUUGGUUUUUUUUUUUUCGUGUUCUCUUUAAUUUAAUUUGAUUGUAUUUCGGUUUUAAUUGUUUUGUUUGGUUGAGAUGAGAUUUGGUCAAUUGGUUUUAGGACCUGCUGGUGCUGGUAAAUCAACAUACUGUUCGGCGGUUGCUAAACACUGUGAGGCAAAUCGUCGGAAAGCUCAUGUGGUUAAUCUUGACCCUGCGGCGGAAUCAUUUGAUUAUGAGCCGAUUAUUGAUAUUCGAGAGGUGAUUCAAGUUAAUGAACCGAUGGAAGAUGAAGAUUUACACCUUGGACCAAAUGGAGCAUUGAUCUAUUGUAUGGAACAAUUAAUGGAUAAUUUAGAUUGGCUCCAUGAAAGAUUGGAAGAAGGUGAUGAAGAAUACAUUUUAUUUGAUAUUCCAGGACAAAUUGAAUUGUUUACACAUUUUGAUUUGAUCGCUCGAUUGGUUAAAUUUCUUAAAGAUGAUCUUGACUUUCGACUGUGUGGUGUUUUUUUACUUGAUUCGCAAUUUGUUACCGAUUUAUCUAAAUUUUUCUCCGGUUCUUUUGCAUCUCUUUCAACGAUGAUCAAUCUCGAGGUUUCAUUUGUUAAUCUAUUAUCCAAGACUGAUCUUCUAAGUGAAACUCAACGAAAUGAACUUGAAUUUUUUUUCGACCUCGGGCCAGAAUUGUUACAGGGAGACGAUUUUUUAAACAGCGAAUGGGCCAAAAAGUAUCGACAAUUAACCAUGGCAAUGGCUUCGGUGCUUGAAGAAUACAGUUUGGUGAAAUUCAUGCCUUUCAGUGUAAAUGAAGAGGAAUUAAUUUCCGAUGUAUUAACUGUGGUCGAUGAUGUCCUUCAAUGGGCCGAGGAACAAGAUGUCAAAGUAUCAGAUUUUGAUCCACCAGAGGAGAAUGACAAUUAGAGAAUCGUAACAAUUAAUCUCAUUCAAGAAGAAUAGAACAAAAAUCAACAAGGAAACUUUUUCUCUUUUUCCUUCUUUUUUGAUCUCAAUUCAUCGAUUGUAAUUUCUUUCAAUUCAACUAAUUGUCCUGAUUGGAAUCUCAAUCUUCAAUCUUUGGAACUCACUUACUAUCUGGUGUUUUUCAUGUGAUUCUUUUCAUUUUUCACUUUCAUCAUCAAAUUAAUCAGCGAAAAGUCAAAACAUCCAAUAAGAGAAAAUGAUUAUCAGAAUCAAUAUGAAAGAAAGGAAAAAAAAUUACAUUACCUUUCCAAUCUUUCUCCAUCUCUAAUUGUGAUUCUCUCCAGUUAAAAUAAUCAGUAAAUCUAAUAAGAAAUGGAGACAAUUAAAUCCAUAAACAUAAUAGAAAAUAUAAAGUGCCAGAUAUCAAUUUUUACUAUAAAAAAUGAUAAUAAAUUCAAUUCCAAAUCAAAGUAAUUAAGAGUAGGUGAAGAAGGAAAAACCAACCAUCCAAAGUUAAAUCAACGAACGAACAAAAUUAAAUUUCUAUAUUUUCACUAAAUUCUUAAUUAAAAUAAAUAUUUUCGAAUGGAAAUGAACACAAUUUAAAUGUCAAUUCUAUUAAUUGUUAUCGAUCAAUUUUCUCCAACAAUUAACAGUUAUUCGGAUAAAGUGUGACUUUUAGUCUUUUCUUUUUUCUCUAAGUGAGAAAGAGAGAGAAAAAUAAAUAGAAAAGUGAACGUUAAUUGUUGUUUUGUUUCUCGUUAAUUUUCAUUGAUUUUUUUCUUCUAAUUGUAAUUAGUUGAAUUGUCUAAUCUCAUUUGAUCUCAAUUGUAAGAUGAAUUCUCAUUUCUAAAGUGUAACUGAUUCCAU